AUGAGAUUCUGUCUCCUUCUGAUUGCCGUCCUGGUGCGAGCCCACCGAGAGUCUCAGCACUUCGCCGUGCAACUCGACGAGGAAAUCGAGGAGUCUCCUCCCAUGACUGUUUCGCCGCAGAACUGGUCCAGCGUGCUCGGGUCCAUCGGUGUGGAGCCGGUUCGAGUGCAUCUCUUAGCGGGGGUCUACCCAAAUAUGUCCUUCACGUUACCAGCCGGUGCCAAGCUGGAGUUGCAGGGUGAGCGGGGCGUGAAGGUCGAGGAGAUAGUUGUGCGGGGCAGCGAUUCCACGGACAAGCCCGAAAGGUCAAGGCAUAAGGUGGCUGAACGGGCUGAGCUGACACUGAAGAGCUUCCAGCUGGCGAGAGCAUCGUUGGAACAUGCAGUGUCUUCUCUGGCUUUGAUCGAUGUGGCUGUGGGAGUACUACAACACCCUGGCAGCGAAGAAGAAGAUGAGUCCAUGCCCAACUCAAGCCGUUUCGAGUCAUACGUGAAAUCUAGUGGCUGCAUCGCUUGUUUGACAAUCCAAAACUCGGUUCUGAUUCCGAUGUACAUCUUUGUCUGUGGUUUCAAUGCCACAGUCAUUGACUCAACCCUCAUGCCCUCGGUCGGCGACCAGCGCAGGCCCAAAAACAAAUGGAGGAAUUACUUGAGCGUAUUUAAUGUAUUCAUUGAGCGAUCUCACCUUGGCGGCCCUGAGGGGGCCCUCGACAUUGACGAGUCUCAUGAGGAAGUUGAAAGCUACGAGGAUGGCAGCGCACGGGGCAUUACCGUGGUAAAUUCGACUCUAGACAAUGUCACCGUGCAAUUGGAGGGCAACGUGAGCAUCAAGAACUCAAGCAUGAUCGGGAAGUACGAAGUCAUUACUUAUGGCAAGCACUACCACGGCCGAAUCGAGAAUUCGUACUUCGGAUUGUGCACUGGGCAUUGUGUGCACCUUGAGUUGGAAGAAUCUGAUUUCGUUCUGGUCGGUUCUUCCAUGCAGACUGCGAUACAAGCCAGCGGGAGUACCGACUUGAACCUUGAGAUUCGUCACCUGGAAGUGUUCGAUGUCCACUGCCCUUUCUUGGAAUACUUUCAAUCCGAAAUGCCUGGCACUGGUGGCGGCAAAGGUCGUCCGAUGCUGAAUGUGACGCUCGCCUUCGUCAAAUUUCGGAACGUGUGGAGUGCAGUCAAGAUCGAUGCGAAUGACUGGAGGCUGGCCAUGCACCAUGUCGAGAUCCGGCAGGCCAUGCUCACCGGGGUGACAGUGCAAAGCAGGGACGCGACGCGCGCUGGCAUUGCUCAGCUUCGCAAUCUUUCAAUGAGAGACAUGCCAGUCGGCGUGCUUGCGGAUCAUGUGGUCGCCGACAUCACCGCAAUGACUGCGGUCCAGUGCAGCAUCGGAAUUUCAGCCCGGGCCUCCUCUCUCAACAUGAGGGAGGUGGAUGUCCUCGGCAAGCACAGGCAAAGCAGCGGGAUAAUGUUGAAGUCAUCGGUUUUAGAAGCGAACGACAUUCGCAUGACGAAUCUGGCAGCUGGUCUUUUGCUGAGUUCUACGACUGUGAACAUGCAAGGCGUCUUCAUCACAGAUAAUGCGUUGGGCACCCUUUCCGUAAACUCCACGGGCACCAUCAAAGGCCUGAUCUACUUCAAUGAUGCAGCAGACGAGGUGUGCUCAUCUCAUAACGUCUGUCCCCAAGUGGAGCACCGGAGUGCGGCUAUGGAAGUGCACCACGCGAAAGCCAUGAUGUUCUCCUUGCUUGGCUGCCUCGUCGCUACCAUCUCCGCAGUUCAGGGUCUCAAGCUUCUCUACACUGAGAAGGCACUGUCCUUGCGCAUGCUGUUUUGGAUGCUCGGAUGUAGCCUUUGGCUCCUGGUUUUGAUUGGCGCGGUGAGCGUGCUGGUGGUCAUCCGGCGGGCGGUCCAAGAACAGGACGAUCAAAAUCGCCCCAAUCUGGCGGAGUUCACAGGCCCGGAGAGGAAGAUGAUGGUUCGACUUGUUGCCCUUCUCCUUUGGUCAGCCGGCGGCAUGCUCUACGUGUUCUUCGAUGUGUACCUCCAUCGGCACAGCUUGAUGCUCUCCGGGGACGCCAAGCUUAGGAAAGAGCUUGAUGAGAAGAAGGCACAGUUGAAGGAGCGCCUGGACAACAAGAGCCUCCGGCGACGAAUGCAAAGCAUGCAUCAGAAGCUCUUUGCGGCGUUGGAUGACCGCAACAAGGAUGAUUCCAAGCGCAUCUUCCAGGAGAUGAAGGUCUUGGCAGAGGAAGAGGCAAAGAACCUUGGCGGGUGGUUCGAGGAUCAACGCAAAGUGUACCAGGACGAGGAUGCUGGGGCACGGAUGCAGAAGCUCGAGCAGAUUGCAUCUCAAGAUGGCGAAGCGGUCCAGCCUCCGUUAAAAGACCAUUAUUUCGAGAAGGAAGAGGCUGAAACGAAGGAGGCCGUUGAGGUCAAAAAGUCCGCAGUGGAUGCUUUAUGGACUUAUGCGAGCUGGCUGCGGCGGGAUUUCAAAGGGCAGCUCGGCCAACUGCUUGCAGACCUGAACGAGUUCAGCGCCAAGGAUGUUCGAGAGUUCGACGAGAAGCUACAGCUGGAUCCGUCGAUGCACCGGUUGCAGCACGAAGAUGGUGCAGAAGUUGGCCCUCACUUGGGGCUGCUGGUGGCGUCUAUCAAGAGCAAGGAGCGGGCUCUGGCAAAGAUCAACACCGACUACCAGGAGGAUUUCAAGGCCGGGAAGAAGAAAGAAGAGCCGCUGGCACGAUAUGUUUGCGACUUCCUGCGUGCGACCAUCUAUGCCGCAGACCCAUUUGCGCUUGCGCUCGCAUUCCACGAAUUUAAGAAGCGCUUCAAGAUCGUGCGAGUGAAAAACAAGUUUGCGAACGAGAAGCUGAAGACGGAGGAGCGAACCAACAUUCUCGUGAACUUUUGGGUGGAGAGCGGAGACAUGAAGCAGAUCGGCGAAGUGCAGUUCCUCAUGCAGGAGUACCUCACGGCGAAGUCCAUACAGCACCUGUACUACGAUGUGGCUCGAGCGAAGAGCGAGGAUGAGCUCUUCGACAAACCGAUCUUUGCCUGA